AUGAAGAGCAUUUCUCUCCUCCUUCUCGCAGCCUCGUGGACUCAGGCUUUCCCCAAGCUCGAACACUAUAAUAGAGCGUUGUACUUUCUCGACAGUGACCCCAAUGGUGCCUAUGUAGUCUCUUUCGGAAUGAAAAGAGAUGGUACUUUGAGCGAGCCCUUGAGGACUUCCACUGGUGGCAAUGGCAUGAUCGGCAACAACGUCAACGGCUCCGUCACAGCUGACCCUUUAUUCACCCAAGGUUCUAUCGUUGUAGAUGGGAACCUUUUGUUCACCGUCAACGCGGGGUCCAACACUAUGGCUGCUUUCCACAUCCCCAAGCAUGAUCCAGCUCAUCUUAAGCUUAUCAGAGAGCCUGUGGACACUGUCGGCACUACUCCCAACACUGUAGCUUACUCUCGCAAACACAGAAUUGCGUGUGUAGCCAAUACUGGAACUAAGCCCGGUGUCCAAUGCUUCAGUGUUUCUGGCAGCAAUGGUAUCAAGCCAGUUGGCGGCCUUAGGUCCCUCCCGGUUCUGAAUCAGACAAACCCUAUCAUGGGACCUCCCAACACUGUCUCGAACAUCCUCUUCAACCCUUCCGAGACGGCCCUUUUCGUCGUUAUCAAGGGCGAUGGCAUGCAGAACGGUUACAUCUACGCCUACAAAGUCGAAAAGGGCAUCGUGAGCGAGACGGCUGUCAUCUCUCGGCCCGAGAAUCUUCCCAUACCUUUCGGCAUGUCAUUUUCCACCGACAACUCCGCCGUCGUCUCCACGCCUGCUUACGGUGCUGCAAUUGUGUCCAUCUCUAAGAACUUGAGAGUCAACACUCAAAGUAUUCUCAACAUCACGACGCAAAAGGCUACUUGCUGGACUGCCAGAUCUCCUGAGACCGGAUCCGUCUAUCUUCUCGAUGCGGCUGUCGCUGAUAUUGACGCGGUCAACACAGAGACCAAGGCUAUUAGCCGCACUCUCCCUGGGUAUGAGCAGGGUAUGGGGAACUUUGACGGUAUUGUUUCUGGGUCAAAGUUGUACGUACUUCAGGGUGCUCCAGUUGUCGCUAUCUUUAACCUCGAGAAUCCUUCUUACGGUCCUCAAGUUGUUGACUUGAAGGGUUUGGGUAACCGUGCCUCUUGGACUGGCAUGGCGGUGUAUGCUUAA